AAACUAAGAGUUGGGCCGAUCAAACACAAAACGAAGAUAUGGGAGAAUCUUCGCAAUCUCAAUUUAAUGGUGAUAAUUCAAAUAAUAAGGAUGAAUCUGUCAAUAAUAAUUCGUCAGUUCAACAGAAUCGUCAGCAGUAUAAUAAUAAUCGCCGUGCCAAUGGGAAAUUUGCCUAUUCGGCAUUUUCUGUUCAGGUUGGAAACUUAACAGUACCCGUAAGUGAAGGUGAAAUCCAAGAUUUUUUCACUUCUGCCGAAUGUCAGGUUGAACGCGUCAAGCUUAUUUAUGACCGAAGUUCAAAAGAUCAACUUGAUCAUUGUUAUGUGGAUUUCCAAGAUGGAGUCUCACUUGAGAAAGCAAUUCAAUUAAACGGACAGCCAUUUGGAGCAAACCAAAAUCCAUUAAAGAUUCGCAAAGCAGAUCCAGAAAACAGAUCGAAUCGAUGGCGCGGGCGUGGACGCGGACGCGGCGGUUAUAAACAUCGUGGCAACGGUCAACAUAAUAAUACUGGGAGUAAUCAUGUGCAGAACGGAAGCUCUCAAUAG